AUGCACUUCUCCCUCCUUAUCCUAGGCGCUUCCGUCGCCUCGGCUCAGUAUGCCCGACAAUUCGGCCCAGCCCAAGCCCAACUCGACUACCUGAAACAACUCAACGGAGUCUCCCACGAUGACCAGGACCAAAACCAGAAUCAGAACCAAGACCAGAACGAAGGUCACAACGGAAACUACAACUAUGGAAACUAUGAUGGAGAGGACUACGACGGCGAAGACAAUGACGGCUAUCAAAAUGAUGUCCCAAGUCACCACGAACCGUCCCUUGUCCAGUAUCCUUCCCCGGCGCCUAUGACCCACAGCACAUUCGUCGUGCGCCCUUCCCCGGCACCGAUUGCUUCGCCGCAUGCUCAGACUCCGGCUUCUGGAUAUGCCUACAACUAUCCAAGCCCUGAUGCUUCCGAGCCAGUCGCACACCUCCAUGCUCCCACUGCUACUACAGCUGUCAUCCAGGCACCGCCAACUCAAGCGCCUACUGCUCAGGCCCCUGUUCAUCACGCUCCUGCUCCUCAGCAUCCUCACCAGGGGGCUCCAGCGCACCAUGCUCCAGCCCAGCCGGCUCCAGCUCCAGCCCCUGAAACCAAGGGACCGGCCGCACCCGUCGAUGAGCAUAACGAGUCGGUGCAAGCACCGGCACCUCAUCCCAAGGUAGCACCGGCACCCCAGCAGCACCCUGUGGACCCGGGACUCGUCCCAGAUGACGUGCCCGUCGGCGCAUCCGGAAAUCUCGCCCCCAUUGACCCGUUGGAGCCUGGCUCGAAUGUUGCGCCUGUGCUUUUCUCCGAUAAGCCGAAGUAUGGCAAGGAUGAGGGCAACACUUUCUGCACCGGACUGUGCUUUGCUAAUGAGAGUGAUGCGCACUGCGAAAAGCCUUAUGCUGCUCCCGUUUACAAGUCGGCUAAGGGGUGCUACAUGUGCUGCUUUACUUCUGACUUCUAG